AUGGCGGCAACAAAUGUCGAGUUUCCUUACUCACUGUACGCUCUCACCACUGCUGUCUCGCCAGCAGAGAUAAUUAUCCAAGCCAGAACAACAAAUGCUGACGUGGGAUCUAGCACAAUCUCGUUACCUUUUCCGAGCCAGCGUCUAGCCUCUUCUGCCCUUCAAACCCUCGACGUUGACUCCGAAUUGUCUCCGCUUGUGCGCCGCACCCUCGCCCUCGCAAAUUCCGACUUUGACAACGCGGCUGAGCCGCAAGAGAAGAAAUUGAAGCAAGACCCGGAAGAAUCUAAAACCAUACUGAAGGUUACUUACUCUGCCACCACAAACCGCAUGCUGCGAGUGGCAGUCAACGGCUUCAUGGAAAGCUUGGGUGUGAUCUUGGGCGUCAUGAACGAGCUGGACGUGGAUGUUCUGGAGGCGGAGACGAAGGGAUGA